CUCAAGAAGAUGAAGGAUGUAAGUCCCUUCUUGCACCCCGUCGAUCCUGUUGCCCUUAACUGCCCGCACUACCCUUCCAUCGUGAAGCAUCCGAUGGACUUCUCUACCGUCGGCCGGAAGUUGACGGCUUCAAACGCAUCGAAGCCCAGUCCUAACCUUGUCAAUCCCCGUUACUACAAUGCGGAGGACUUCAUCGCCGACGUGCGAUUGAUUUUCACUAACUGCGGGCUGUUCAACGGGCCUGAUCACCCGAUCACUGCAACGGGUAAGCGUGUCGAGGCGGUGUUCGACAAACAGGUCAAGCAGAUGCCUCCACCUGAGGAGGUGCGUUGCAUUACUUGUCUGCGUGUAGUUGAACUCGUGCUGAUGCCAUGCCGACAAGUCGACAACGAUGCGCUCUCCUUCGAGCAGAAGAAGGACCUGAGCGACACGAUCGGCAAGCUCGAAGGUGCGAAGAUGGAGAAGGUGGUUCAGGUUACCCAUGAGCGUGUGCCCAAGAUUCGCGACAGCACCGAGGAGAUUGAACUCGAGAUUGACGAGCUACCAGCCACGGUACUGACGAAACUUUACAACUUCGUC